GUGUUUUCCGGCUGCGGGCUGUCGAGCCUUGAAUCCCACCUGUGUCCCCACAGCCCCGUCACGAAUCCCGGUAGGGUUCAGGGAGGGACCGCCUCGGCGUUGUGGGCCGGGUGUGGCUCGGCGGUGGAGGACUCUCAAUUCCUGCUCCAUCCCCGGCCGGGCCCCGGGGCGGAACUUAUGACUCUCAAUGAUGUGGCUGAGGACUUCAGGGAAGAAUGGGUUACCUGGACACCGCUUAGAGAAUCCUCUUCAGGGGUACCACCCAGCACAGUUAGAAGAAUGGGCUCUCAAAGGACUUGCCGGUACAGGUGUAAUCUCCCAGCUGGAGCAGAAGGAAGAGCCGUGGGUGCUACCACUCCAAAAUUUCGAGGCAAGGAAGAUCAUAAGGGAAAGUCACACGGACUUUGAGAAUCAGGUGACAAAACUCAAUCAGGACAUUUCAGAAAUAGCAGAACGAUGUGGAGCAUCUUCAGAAAGGGCCAGUAAAGAUAUUUCUCAUCCUCCUAGAUGGGGAGGAAACUGGGAGAGGGACCUUGAAUUCGAAGGGCAACAUGGAACCCUACCAGGAGAGGGCCAACCGGAGCCCCUUCCACAGGAGGAUUUAAACAAGCUGCUGGAUGGAUAUGUGGGAAAGAAGCCUGUGUGUGCAGAAUGUGGAAAAAGCUUCAACCAGAGCUCCUAUCUCAUAAGACACCUGAGAACCCAUACUGGUGAGAGGCCUUAUAAAUGCAUCGAGUGUGGGAAAGGCUUCAAACAGAGUUCAGACCUUGUCACCCAUCGCAGAACGCACACAGGAGAGAAACCCUACCAGUGCAGUGGGUGUGAGAAAAAAUUCAGCGACAGCUCUACGCUCAUCAAACACCAGAGAACCCACACAGGUGAGAGACCCUAUGAAUGCCCAGAGUGUGGAAAGACCUUUGGGCGGAAGCCACACCUCAUAAUGCACCAAAGAACCCACACAGGAGAGAAGCCCUACACGUGUCUCGAAUGCCAUAAAAGCUUUAGUCGAAGCUCAAACUUCAUUACCCAUCAGAGGACCCACACGGGAGUGAAGCCUUAUAGGUGUGGUGAUUGUGGGGAAAGUUUUAGCCAGAGCUCAGACUUGGUUAAGCACCAACGAACCCACACAGGGGAACGGCCCUUUAAGUGCCCAGAGUGUGGGAAGGGCUUUAGAGAUAGUUCUCACUUUGUAGCGCACAUGAGUACUCACUCAGGAGAAAGGCCUUUCAGCUGUCCUGACUGCCACAAAAGUUUCAGUCAGAGCUCACACCUGGUCACGCACCAGAGGACACACACAGGGGAGAGGCCGUUCAAGUGUGACAGCUGUGAGAAGGGAUUCGCCGACAGCUCUGCCCUCAUAAAGCACCAACGGAUCCACACGGGGGAAAGACCCUACAAAUGUGGUGAGUGUGGGAAGAGCUUCAACCAGAGCUCCCAUUUCAUUACCCAUCAACGGAUCCACUUAGGAGACAGACCCUAUCACUGUCCCGAGUGUGGCAAAACCUUCAAUCAGCGUUCCCAUUUUCUCACACACCAGAGAACACAUACAGGAGAAAAACCUUUCCACUGCAAUAGAUGUGACAAGAGCUUCCGUCAGAAAGCGCAUCUCUUAUGCCAUCAAAAUACCCAUUUGAUCUCGGAAAAUGGUCUGUAGUGGUUCUUCUGCCCUUUUUCAGAUUUUCAUUUCUGCUGCCUCCCGGUGCUUCAUGUAGAGAAAGCCUGAACAUGGACAUCAGUGGCUCAAGCUGGGCCUUUUCCUACACUUUAAUGGUGAGGAUAAACCCAUAGGCUGCAAAUAAUGUUCUGAAUACAAAAGGCAUUCCUUCAGUGUUUUUAACUGACCUUAUGGAAACGUGAGUUUGGCGGUUGAUGCUUGAUUACGGAAAGAGGAAUGAGAUACGUGGGGCCACAUUAUCACUAUUAGUGAUUAAUAUUUGAGCUCUUAUAAGCCCUUAAUACUAAAUAACACCGGGUCCUUAAAAAGUCCUUUAUUAGCCUUAUGAUUCACUAAGGAAUUCAUUAACACAGCCCUACAAGGCCAGAACUCGCGAGCAAUUAGAUUGCAGCUAGAGGAUUUGGGCCGUGAACACAAAGAUGUAAUAAAGCAGAAAACACUCUCCCUAUCCAGUGCCAUGCAGACGUUAGUCACCAGAUGUCUCAUCGCCGUGACAAGGCAGAAUUCUCCUAGAGGAUGUUUGUGGUCUUGUGACUUCAAGGCUGAAAGAAUUUCAGAAGCUCUUUGCACAGCAGGGUAUGAGGUACUCCCACUGGAGCCUUGCUGCCAUCGGAGGCAUAGAAAAUACCCCACAUUCAACAAGCCAGAGGAGGCUGGAGAGGACUAUAAAACUGUGGAAGCAAAACUGCUGAGAAGCUAAAUAUUACCAGGGUCGUUCCGGCAUUUAGCUGAAGGAAACAGCUCCUGUUUCUAAUCACCUGGUUCGUGGGCCCUGUGGUUUUAAGUUAACGCAAGCCUGAUUUUUUUUAGAUUAAUCAUUCUAUGCACUAGCACAUUCCUAUAUUUAGCAGAAAUAAAUUGAGGGAAGGCAGUGUGUUGGAAAGAACACUGACUGCAUUGAGAAGGUGAGGUGUUUGAGCGCUGGCCCUGACACUUAAUUUGGCUGGAUUUUACCCCUCGGCCUCUACCUUACCUACCUCACAAGGUUGUUGUGAGGAUCUAACGCGCGCACACACACACAAGCACUUUGUUGUUAAAUUAUAAAGUCAUGAUGUCUGUAAA